GCCACCAGGGCUCUGUCUUUGAUGGACACAGAUGCGCUCCCGAGAAAUACUGCACAUGCUUUAUGGAUGGGGAAUACUAUAAGCCCCAUGAGUUGCUUUUCCAGGAUCACUGCCAGCGUCGUUGCACCUGUGUCCUUGGCCAGGGCCUUACCUGCCAUGAGCAUGCUUGCUCUGAGGAUGAAUCCUGCGAAAUCCGGGAAGGGGUCUUGGGAUGCAUCAAUAAAAACCCCUGCAAGUCCCUGCACUGCCGCCCCAAGGAGCGCUGCCGGCCCCGCGGUGCCCAAUCCCGCUGCGUCCCAGCCCUGGUCGCCACGUGCUGGGCAUGGGGUGACCCACACUUCCGCACCUUCGAUGGCCUUGACUUUGACUUCCAAGGAACCUGCAGCUACACCAUGGCCGAAUCCCAUGGGAAUGACCCUGGGCUGGUGCCCUUCAGGGUUGAGGCCAAGAACGACAUCCGUGGCGGCAUCCAAUCUGUGUCCUAUGUCUCCUUGGUCAAUGUUGACGUCUAUGGACAACGCAUCUCCUUCCGCCGGAAUGAAGAUGGAAAAGUCUGGGUGAACGGGGAAGUGACGCUGCUCCCAGUGCUCCUGGCAGACGGGAAGGUGCAGGUCCGUCCCAGUGGGCUCCGUGUUGCUCUGGAGACAGAUUUUGGUCUCCGGGUCUCCUACGACUGGAACUGGCACCUCCUGAUCGACCUUCCCAGCAGCUACUUCCACCAUGUCCGUGGCCUCUGCGGGAAUUUCAACCUCAAGCCCCUUGAUGACAUCCCCGAGGCUGGUGACAACAUCACUGCCAUCAUCACAUGGGCCAAAAGCUAG